CCUAAGGAAGCUGAACGUGUAUCCACGGAUCAUCCAGAUACGGGUGCUCAAUCGGGCGAGGAGAGAGUUGGUGAGUGUAUUUUAUUUAAUAUUUGUUUCAGUUUAUUCUCCAGGAACUACAAGAUUAUCCUUCAUAUUUCAUUUUGAGAUGCACAGUAUAGAGGGAACGAGGUGAGUUACGUGCCUUUAAAGCAAGGAUAUAUUCUUUAACAGUUACAGGUAACUUCAGGGCUUCAAAUUUUCUUGUUGGUUUUGAUGAAAAUUGAUUUUUAUUUUAUUAUGAUUUUAAAAUGUGGAGGAGCAGCUAAACCACAUUAUUUUUUCUUUAGGACAGCACUACUUAAUAGAGUAUUGGGAUAUGCUCAGUCUAGACGUUUCCAGACAAGGUAGUAGUCUUUAAGCAAGACGAUGAUCGAAUGUUUAGUCUUGCAUAUGGAUUAUUUCUGAUCACAUCUUGUAAUGGGCAUUUUUACCGUUUUAAGUGCUGUUUGUCCCAAUUGUUUGCUCUGCAGGUAAUAUUUAUUGUUUUCACAUAUGCAUGUAGGCAUCUGAGAAGUAAGUAAAUAACACGUCACAGUACGCCGAUCAAAUUUAUUUUACCCUUCGAUUUUAAGUUUGUUUAAUAUUUGCAUUAUCUCUUGAACGCACAAUAUGAUACGUGCUUAGGAUUACUAGCGUUGCCAGUUAUGGCGCUGGAGUGUUUAUCUAAAAGGUAUCCCAAUAUGUUAUCAACUUUGUACCCAUCCAAAACUUGUGAGUGCGAUUUCCAAUUUUUUCAGCUUAGUUUUGGAUUUGCUGAUCUACUUGUGGUUACUUUAUGUUGUCACCAUGCAUACAGUAUGAAUGGAAAUACAAUAUUAACAGGUCUAAUUUCAAUAUUUCCUUUAAUGGAAGUGGGUGGUGUGUGAUAUAACUAUGGAUGCCAAUCACAGAUUCAAUACUCUUCCUCCAUUUUCCUCAAGUGUAAAUUGACUUGCAUAUUUUGAAUAGUUAUUUGGUUUGGAUUCUCCUACAACGUGGCGAAUGUAUAAAACAAAUAAAAUAAAGUAUCUACAAACGACCAGUAAAUACAAGACAUGUACGUAUGCUGUAAAAAUUGUAAGUCCCAACAUCAGCUUUAUUAAUCGCACCACCAAUAUUUUUGUUAUAUCUUCCUUUUAAUGAAUAAGUAGUCAUCACUGAAUUGUGUUUUUUGCCUUGACAUACGUUUGCAUGGCUUUUAUUAAUGCAUGAGCAUGUUCUGUAGUGCAUGGACAGCAGCAGAGACCAGUAGGCCCAAGCACUUCAAGGUCACCUGAUCCACGGGACACAAGGAAACCUCUUGCACGUAAGUACCAUUGAUGUGAGAUGAAUUAUUUUUCAGAAACCUACGUCACCCUUUUAAUUACCGGUUUCAUACUCUGUCUCAUUCACUUCAUCGUUAAAGACUAUACUGUGGUUUGGGUGAGAUGGCUGAGCCCACAGCUUAACAGCAUAGUUCGAGUUUUUCUUAUUUUGUACAUUAUGAUAUACCGCAUGUGGCAUUUCAUUGACUCUACCGUUGAUUAGCAUAAUCCACCAGAAGAUACCCACCUCAUUUGACAGGCAUACCUGGACGAAAAUAAGCAUGGGUACCGUGGCGCCAUCAAUUUCUUAAAAAAUGUUUACCUAUCAAUUACCGUCUUUAGGAGCAGCGUUGCCACUUAGCGGACUGAUGCCGCAGGUUACGAGAUUUCUUGAAAUAAAUGCGACAUUGUAAAGAAGCUCUUGGUAGCAUAGGGGAUGGAAAUACGGUGCAUUCCAUAUGAAAACCAGGAUAUACGAGUCUGAAAGGAAACAAGACAGCCGACACUCUGGCAAAGAGUGGGGCUAGCAUACCCUUCAUAGGUCCCAAGGGAGUACCCAGGGGGGCAAGGGGGGGCGCGGCUUUUCCCUAGUUCGGCAAAAAUUAAAUGGAUAGAACAUUUUUACAAAAAUUAAAUUGUUCAUGUACACAAGCUGAAUCAAUAUCUAUUAGAUGAUAAAAUAAAUGGAUUAGUUGAUAAUUACUUGAAAUAAUAUGAAUGAGUUACAUUAUGUUGUUCCUCAUUCAAUGAGUUUAAACCAUCUAUAUGAAGUUAGGCACUUGAACUGUUAUAUCAAUGCAUAAAAUGUAUAAUCUAAUAUUUGAUAUUCUAAGAAAUCACUAUAUAAUAAUGUCAAGACUUACUCAAGAAAAAAAUUUAUAAUAAUGUAUGACAUGCUAUAAUAUUUUAAAUCAGUAUUAAAAGCUAUUUGCCUAUGCAAAAAUGAAAUACUCGAGAAAAAACAGAGUUAUUCCGUACCUGACGAUCUAAACAAAUUCAUUGUUUUUGUUGAUGUUAAACAUUCGUUCAUCCUUUAUAGUCACGUGGGAAAUUUUUCUAUAAGAAUUUGACAUUAUUUUCUGCGUUCUACAUGAAUUUGGAAAAUUGUCCACAUAUUCUGUGAUUCUAAGCUCUGUUUUUCAAAUGUUAUCCAACUAAUUACUUUAUAACGUAGAAACAUGCUACACCAAACAUACUAAACAUACAGCAAAGGAAGGAGUGUGUUCAGUUUCUCUGUUCGUUACUUGACAAAAUUAUUGUAAAUUAUAAUAAAUGUAUUUAUUCCAUUCUACCUGUUUAUCCGUAGCGUACAAAUCGUAGUGGAUAUAUUACAGCAUGGUAUUUUUGCUAUUUUUUAUUAUAAGCUUAGCUUUUGUGUUUUUCGUUUUUGCUAUGUUUUUAUGUUAUGCUUGUUUGUGAUUUUUCCAAAGAAGCAAGAAGCGAACUGAAGUCUAGGAAAAAGGAACGUUCACGCAGUAAGUCACCGUUCAGGAGUUUUCGAUGGAAAAAGGAGAAGAAAAUAUCCACAGGUGCACAUAGUGAUGAUGAAGGGGCUUCCUCAGCUUACCAAGAAAGCGGUCCAAGCGAUAGUGGCGCCAGCGGCGACGUCUUGGAAGGCCAUCUGGUGCGAAAACACGAAUGGGAGAACACCACAACAAAGGCGACGAACAGAUCCUGGGACAAGGUGUAUUGUUUGGUAAAGGGAACACAGAUGAGCUUUUACAGGGACGCGAAAAAUGCCAAGUCGACGCCCGAUCAACGUUUCAAAGGCGAACCACCGCUGUCGUUGAGAGGUGCGCAGGCUAGCCAAGCGCAGGAUUACAAGAAGAAGAAACAUGUGUUCAGGUUGAGAUUGGAAAGUGGUGGCGAGUUUCUAUUCCAAGCCCAUGAUGAUAAUGAGAUGAAUACGUGGAUCAGCCACAUCAACACGCAAGCUGAACUGGACGCGUCCGGUCCUUCACGAUCACAAACAUUGCCGGCUUCCGCACAAAAAGAGGAUUCCAAAAGACGUAGUUUCUUUACCCUUAAGAAAACCUAAACGCCGUUUCAACUCCGAACAAUAAUACAGAACGUAUAUCUAUCUUCACGCGUUGCAUGUGAGGAAUCAUACCUUCGAGAAUCGUUCUACUGACAUUGCAUUCUUUAAUAUAUUUUUAUUCUAGCUUGCACGUUAUACAUUUAUGAUGUUAAGAUGUAAAGUAUAUUAUGCGAAUAUGAUUGAAAUGAUACAUGUGUAAUACAUAGCAUUGACUGGGCAUAGGUACAAUCUUUCAUCAUUUAUUUAUUAUUAUUGUUUAUUUUUCCGCAUCCGGUUAUGAAAUAUCGUAACUGUAAGUUACUAAGAAGAAAAUUUCAAAUUUCCCUAUAUGCUUCUCACAUUUUGCUUAGCAAAGAUUAGAUGGCAUCUAUUAUUACUAUACAUACAUUGUAAUUAUUUUUAUCGGUAGAAUUCUAUUUUAUGUAAAAUGUGUGCUUUUAAAAAGAUAAAGUUAAUAUAAAAUUAUUGUUUUACCGUG